AUGACACAUACUACUGUAUCUCUUGGUGAUGUUUCUUUUACAAACAGUCAAUCUGUGUCCAUACAUUAUAAGGCUUUUACCAAUUAUAUGAAUUAUCUAAGCAAGUUACAUUCUGAUAAGGUUUUUACUCGUUAUUAUUCUAAUAAGACCUACAAAACUUUAACCUAUGCUGAUGUGGAUCGUAUGGCAAUUAAUUUGGCUUGCAAAUGGUCAAAGGAUGCUGAGAGAUCAAGUGUGGUUUCCUUUAUGAGCGAUCAUACAAUAAAUUAUGUUAUUGUUAUGUUGGCUUUAAUGAAAUUACGUCGUACUAUGCUUGCUAUUUCGCCUCGUAAUUCUGAAGCUGCUAUUACAAACUUGUUAGAAAAGACUGAAAGUAAAUUGUUAAUAGCAAAUGCUAAAUAUGAAAAUAUCAUAAAAGGAGUUAAAGCACAAAAUCCAGAUGUCAAGGUUAUUAUCAUUCAGCCUCUUGAUAUUGAGGCUCUUUCAAAGGAACCUCUUAAUUCUGAUUAUAAAAAGAUUCUUAAUUAUCACUUUUCUGAUGAGGACAUUGAAAAAGACGCGUUAAUCAUUCAUAGUUCUGGUUCAACGGCUUUCCCUAAACCAAUAUAUCUCAGCAAUCGCUAUUUAUUCAAUAUGCUCAAACCUUUCCAUCUUCUUGUUAACGAGAAGGAGAAUAUGCCUCAUGUCACAGAAAAUGAUUGUAUGUUUUCAUUAGCGCCUUUAUUCCAUAUUUUCGGUUUUUUUGCACUAUUUUCAAUGGCUACUGUAGGUGGUAGUGCUAUUUUUGUAGAAAAAUUGCCUCCUUCUCAAGAAGAAAUUAAUUAUGCUUUAGAAGUUAACAAGGCAACCAUCAUGUGUGCUCCUCCUCUUAUUCUUGAACAAAUGAUUCCUUAUCUCAAGGAGACGAAUGAUUUCAAUACGAUGCAGCGCCUGAAGUAUAUUAUUUUUGGUGGAGCUCCACUUAAGCAUGAAGCAGGUGAAUGGCUUCAAUCUCAUAAUAUCAAUGUUCGUGACAUGUAUGGUACUACUGAAAUUGGUGCCUUUAUGUCUUCUGAUUUGGACCCAAAGAGCAAAAACUGGGGCUCUAUUGGUAUUUACAUGAAGGAUAAAGAAGGUCAUCCAUAUGGCGUCUUUGAGACCAAUGAUGAAAGUGAGCCUGAUGUUAAGCAUCUCUAUAUUCGCGCUGGCUGUCCUACCUUGGCGAGUCAUGUCGCUAACCGUCCUGAUGGCGGCUAUAAUACAAAUGAUCUCUUUAAAGAAGACCCCAACUUUCCUGGUUACUACAUUUACUUGGGUCGUCGCGAUGAUACUCUUAUUAUGGAAAAUGGUGAAAAAACCAAUCCUGUUCCUAUGGAAUCGACUAUUCGUCAAAGUCCCGUUGUCAAACAAGUUGCUAUUUUUGGACAAAAUCGUCAAUGUACUGCUGCUUUAGUUGAAACUGAUUUGGAGUAUGCUAUUCGUUUAGGCCCUGAUGAAAUUAUUGCUGCCGUUCAUGAAGCUGUCAAGGAAGCCAAUGCUGAAUGUCCUAGCCAUAGUAUCAUUCUUCCUCAAAUGGUCAAAAUUCUACCUUUCAACAAGUCCUUACCUUCAACGGAUAAGGGUACGGUGAUGCGAAAGAAGGCUGAAAAAAUGUAUAAAGAUAUAAUUGACAAGCUUUACAAAGACUUCCUAGAGGGUCCCAGCCGUAAUGAUAAAGAUAGUAUCAAUGCAGAUACCUCUUCUUGGUCCUCUGAACAAACACUUGAUUUCUUAAUUAGUUGUGCCUCUGAAGUCUUGAGUGUGCCCAAGUCCUCUUUUAAGGAUCAUACUCGAUCUAUCUUUGACUAUGGCCUCAAUUCUCUGACUGCAAUUCAACUUCGUAAUAAGAUUGCAGAGUAUUUUGAUAAUAUUCCUCAAAACUUCUUGUUUCAGCAUCCUAGCUUUGAAUCUAUGCAUGAAGCGCUUAUGAAUGGUAUAGACCAAGACCUUGCAGAACUGAAUGAAAAACGUUAUCAACAAGCACAAAACUUGGCUCUUGCCUAUAUCAAGAAGGCGAAGGCCGAUUUCUUCCCUAUUGCUCGUCACGAUGAUAACAAAAAGCGAGAUAAGGUUGUUCUUUUAACUGGCUCUACUGGUACCCUUGGUUCCUUUAUGUUGCGUGAUUUAUUAAAGGAUCCCAGUGUUAAGAAGGUCUACUGUUGUGUCCGUGGUAAAGAAGGUGAAUUGUUUAACCGUCUCAUCAAGGCCUUUGAAUCUCGUUCUCUUGAUAUUUCCUUAUUAAAGUCUGAUCGUGUUGAAACUUUACCAAUGCGAUUCAAUGAUCCUUACCUCGGUUUCUCCGAAGAAAAGUACAAUCAACUUAGAAAUGAAGUGACUAUUGUCCAGCAUUGCGCUUGGGUACUUGACUUUAACAUGACCAUUGAUUAUUAUGAUAAAGAAUGUAUUACUCCUUUCUAUCAUCUUCUCAAGUUUGCAUAUCGAGAAAUAAAUCCAAUGCAUGUACAUUUUAUUUCCAGUAUCUCUGCUAGUGCUGCUACUGGAGACCAAAUUGUUGAGGAACCCCUUCCUCUUGAUUCACAUGUUUCCAUGCCUAUGGGCUACGCUCAUUCCAAAUUUGUUGUUGAGAAACUCAUGAACUAUUUGACUGCAGAAAAGAACUUCCCAUGUAUCAUUGAACGUCUUGGUCAGGUCUGUGGUGAUUCUGAAAAUGGUGUCUGGAACACCUCUGAACAAUUCCCCUUAAUGUUUAUUGGUGGUGGCUCUAUUAUGCACAAGAUGCCUGAAUUGGACACGAUCAUUGAUUGGAUUACUGUUGAUUAUGCAUCUGCCUCUAUUGUUGAUAUUAUGCUUCGUACUGCUGAUUUACCUAUCACUGAAGAUAACUCAAUCUAUCAUAUCGUCAAUCCUCGUCUUAUCACUUGGUCAGAUGUAUUAGAAGCUAUGAGGGGCUCUAACAUGGUCUUUGAAACUGUUUCACCUUCUGAAUGGGUUAAUACUCUUGCUCAGGAUACUACAAACCCUGCUGCUCGAUUACUUUCCUUUUAUGAAGGUAACUUUAAAGAGGCUUUCAAGAUGCCUAUCUGGCAAACAAAGAAGACAAGUGCCCUUACACCUAUCAUUACCAAGGCACCUAUCCUUGAUGCUAACUUAUUUAGUAAAUUCUUAGCUCGCUGGCAAUCUGUUGGUUUUUAUAACCCUUCCAACUAA